UUCGCUAGAUAAGAUAUUUACAUAGUCACGGUGACGAAGAAGGAAGUUUUAAACAUUUAAGGACAAACCAGUAAAAAUGCAGAUUUAAGCAAUGACAAUCAUGUAAAUGAUGAAAUAAGAGGACAGAUUAACCUUUCAUUGCUGAUUUCCAUGGUUUAUGCAAUGAAUAUACAUUUGCCACUGAAAUUGAUUGGAAUAAACAUAUUUGAAACAUUUUUUACUCGUGCAAUUAGUCCUACCUAUAUGUAACAUGGAGUUCGUGAAAAAAAAUUUCAUUGAAAACAACCUAACCAUACCAAAACUGCUGGUGUUCUCCGCAGUUGCUUAUGUUGUCUAUCUUUUAGUUAAGUUUGUGCUUUAUUUACAUGAAUUAAAGAGAGUAUUCCGUGAUGUGCCAGGACCGGAGAAACAUUGGUUGUACGGAAAUCUUCACUUGAUUCAAGGUUUGGACAGUGAUGAACAACUAAAGUUAGAUCUAGAAUCAUGCAACACUUUUGUACGCUAUUAUGCAUGGUGGACAUCAUUUGGGAAAGUACACAUCACAGGCUGUCAUCCAGAUAUUGCCAGAAUGUUUGCAAAAACUUCAGAACCUAAACCGAUCGGCUUUAUGGGAAUAUACCGGCUAGGUUUGCCAUGGUUAGGGGAAGGUUUGCUCAUAGCAGGUGGUAAGAAAUGGGCGCGAGCCCGUCGACUUCUGACGCCAGCAUUCCAUUUUGACAUUUUAAAGCCAUACAUGUCCAUAUAUAAUGAUGCUGCAGAUUUACUUGUGGGAAACUUAGAAAGAUACAUGGAGAAAAAGGAGAGAUUUGAAGUAUUUGACUACAUCAGUCGCGCCACGUUAGAUGUUAUCAUGAGAUGCGCAUUCUCCUACCAAACUGACUGCCAGAAAGACAAAGGAACAAGACAUCCGUAUGUACAAGCAGUAGAGGAAAUAGCCGAUGCGUGGAAUUAUAGAGCUCGGAAACCCUGGCUGUAUCCAGAUUGGCUGUAUUAUAUGACGAGGCACGGAAAACAGUUCCGGAAAAACUGCGACUAUGUACAUACUGUUGCUGAAGAUGUCAUUAAACAAAGAAAAGAAGCAUUGGACAGGAGUGGGAAUUCUGAUAGAAAAUACCUAGAUUUUCUGGAUAUACUUCUUACUGCAAAAGAUGAAAAUGGUCAGGGCCUUACUCCUUUGGAGAUUAGGAAUGAAGUGGACACAUUUAUGUUUGAAGGUCAUGAUACUACAGCAAGUGCUAUAUCUUGGAUCCUGUACUCUCUUGCCAAGUACCCGGAAUAUCAGAAAAAAUGUCAGGAAGAAAUCGAUGAAUUGUUACAGGGCCGGGACACGGACGAUAUAGAGUGGUCAGAUAUACCUAAGUUAGAGUAUCUUACAAUGUGUAUAAAGGAAGGAAUGAGAGAUCAUAGUCCUGUGCCAUUUAUACAACGAGAAUUUACUCAUGAUUUUGAAAUCGAUGGAAAGACUUUUCCAGCUGGUACAACAGUGUCAUUACAUAUAUUUGGUCUCCAUCACAAUAAAAAUGUCUGGGAAAACCCGAUGGAGUUCAUACCUGAACGAUUUUCCAAAGAAAAUAUAGCUAAGAUGGACACAUUCCAAUUUGUGCCUUUUUCUGCAGGACCAAGGAAUUGUAUUGGCCAGCAUUUUGCCAUGAAUGAAGAGAAAGUGAUCAUCAGUAAAUUGUUAAGAAGGUAUUGGUUUGAAUUGGAUGAGACGCAUUCAGUCAGGCGGAAAAUAGGCGCAGUGAUGCGGGCCGAGAACGGCAUUUAUCUUUAUGUUAGACCACGAGACUUGUGAUAUAACAGCUUAUAAGCCAAGACAGUUACUUGUACUGUUAAAUAAUCGGUUUAAAGCUAUAAAAGGUUGUCUGUUACUGGAAGAUUAUUUGUUUGUAUUGUAUUGAAAUUUUUAACCCUGACCACCCUAAAUAUCUUAAAUGGACUUGUCCAUUUUUCCAUCUGGACAAAACCAUUUAUUCAGUUUAAGGAAAACUUCAAAAUUUGUGUGGGCUGAAUAGCGAACAGUGCAGACCAUGAUCAGAUUGCACAGAUGUGACAGCUAUUCUUGGUCGGCACCGUUUGCAUGUGUAGAUUUGGAAUUUAAAAAAAAAUGCCUUCCAAAGUCUCAGUAUGUGUAUGAAUUUAUUGCCAAAUUCAUUUGAAAUGGAGGAUGGUACCUUUGAAUUUUGAUCAAGUUAACAUGUGACUUUUAUAUGCUUUCAAUAAUGCAUAUUUUUGUUAGAGAAUGUUUUAUUUGGAUAACUUACAAUUUACAUCAUGGUUAAAAAGAAAAGAGACUUUUUAUGUGAACUCUUUUGAGAAACAAGGACAAGAGAGUUAAAGGAACUCCACUGAGGUCCAAAUGCCCAGCAAAAUGAAAUUUGUAUUUCUUACACAGAUCAGCCGGGGAACUAAAUACAAAAAGAUAUGCAAAAGAUUAUAAGAAAUAUACUGAAAAAUAAAUUGAAAAUCGUUUUUUGUGCUAUUCAUAGCCAUAUUUGAGUGAGAAGCAUUGCAAGGCUAAUCAAUUUUGGGUGAUUUUUCACAAUUAAAAUAAUUAUGCUGGGAAAACAAAAUGAGAAAAUUAUCUGAAAUUUUGUACACAAGUUAUUGGUCCAGACCUAUGCAAAAUUAUUUUCAGUCCCGUCAUGACAAGAAACUUCAGUGGAGUCCCUUUAACCAAAAACAACAUAAGGUUGACAGUUUUCUGAAAUUUAGGUUGUAGUUUUCACCAAUUAUAGAUUUAGAUCAAGGUCCAAGGGACAUGUGAUGAAACUGGUCUGCAUACCAAAAUUUAUAUUCUGUGAUACUUGAUGUUGUAAUAUGCAAUUUAUAAGUAUUUAAAGUUCAUUUUAUAAUACCUCAAAUAAUACUGGAGGAAUGCAUGUUGAAUAAGCUCAGAGUAUGUGUGUUCUUUUGAAUAUUUUGUAUUUUUGAAUAUUUAAGAAAGAAGUAUAUUUUUUAAGAAAAUAGUGUAUUUUGAAUAUAAUGUAUUUUGUAUUUCUGGAUAUUUAAGAAAGUAGUUUAUUUUUGAAUAUCUAAAAAGGAAUGUAUUUUUAAAUAUUUUUGUAUUUUUUUUAAAUAUUUACGAAAAGACAGGAGAUUUCUUUGGUUAAAAUAAAGGCUGAAUGUAACUCCUUUUCUUAGUGACAGAACUAUGGACAAAAUUGCUGAUUAAUUAAAAAAAAUCCCCGAAAUUAGGAAGAUUUUCUCUAAAAAAAAUUCAACUGUUUAGGCAAAUAUGACUUUUUAUGAAGAUGACUAUUUAUAAAUUUAAAUCCUAAUCUGACAAGGUUAUUGUCACAUGAUUGAUAAUCAUUAGCUGGUGAGAAGAAACAAAACGUUUAAAAUUAGAUUUAUUCCAUGGUUUUAGACCUACACAUGUAUUUGUUUGUUAUGAUUUGCUAUCAAAAUAUGUACAUAAUAUUCAUAACGGUCUCAUUUUUCAUGAUUAUACAGAAAAAAAAUCAAAAGUUUUACUUCCCAUGGUUAUAUAUUCCCACUUAUAUUUAAAUUCCUUGAUUUCUUUAAAUGUCAUUGAUUUUCUAAGGCUACAGACAUGUUUUCCAAUUUCUAACAUUUUUGCACAACUGGUUUCUAAGCUCACCUAGGCACAGAGGUGAACUUUUGUGAUUGCAGUGUGUCCAGUGUUCAUUAUUGUCCACAUUUCUUUAAACAACAUCUUCUACAACACUUGAUGGAUUUUGACCAAACUUUUAUAGGAAUGAUUAUGAGGUGGUCCUCUACAAAAGGUAUGUAAAUGGUUCUAGAUGAUGCAUUAAGUAGGUCACAGGAACUAACAAUAGACUUCAAAAAUGAGAUCUUUAAAAACUUCUUCCCAGAAACUACAAAGCCCAGAGCUUAGAUAUUUAGCAUAUAACAUCACCUUGUGGUCAUCUACAAAUGUUUUGUAAAUCAUGCCUUCUUUUUUGAAACUACACCUUCCCCAGGAGUCACUUAGUUUAUAUAAUAUAUAGACUUGUACUGGAAAAUACAAUUAUGUCUUCUGGAAAAUACAAUUAUGUAUUCUUUUAUGAAACUACAACGCCAAGAGCUUAGUAAUACAUAUUUGGCAUAUUUAGUUGACAGCUACAACAGUCUUCUUCUCUGAAAUAACAAUGCCCAGAGCUUAGUUAUUUGGCAAGUUGCAUCACCUUUUGGUCUUCUACAAAUCAUGUCCCUAGCAUCAAAACUGGCGCACCCUGGGGGUUACUUAGUUUAUAUAGACUUGCAUAGUAAAACAAUUAUUAAAUGUCAAGUCUUCUUGUGUGAAAAUACAAUUCCAAGAGCUUUGAUGUUUGUCCUGAAACAUUUUGUUUAAGAUGCAGACAUCUACAAAAAUUUUAAAAAUUGUGAAGCUUAGAGAAGAAAGACAAACCCAAUGUGACUUCAUAACUGGUUUUCCACUUUCUAUCAUUAAUCUCAGGUGAGCGACCCACGGCCAUGAUGGUCCUCCUGUUACUUUUAUACUAGCUAUGUUCAUGGUACAUACUUCAUUGACCAGGGCAUGUACUAAUUUGUCCUAAAAUACUUCAUGUAUGUCUUAUUCUUUAUUAUACACAAGAAACAGAAAUUUAAUCAAUGUUCAAAAAUGUUUUAUUAUAUAUUUUAUUUACAAGAUAGCUUGUUAUUUUGGGCGAGCAUAUUUUACUAUAAUAAUAAAAUUGUCAUUUGCC